UGCCGGAAAUUCUGCUGUUUACAUAUGUGUCUGUAACACUGAGCCGCUAGAGCAGCCCAGCAAGCCCAGAGGGCCUGAAAAGAUAAAUAUGAAUUUAGAUUCCAUUCAUCGGUUAAUUGAAGACACACAAAUCUUCCAGAUGCAGCAGUCAUCAGUUAAACCACCGUGUGACCUGGGGGCACCUGCCUCAUCCCGCAGGGACACCUGUAGCUCCUGUUUGCCCCUUCAUGCGCUGCAAUCUCAUGCCUCUCACAACUCCCAUGCUCAUUCCUGCAACAUCAACGACUGGGGCAUUUGUGAAGAACUUCGCCUGCGGGAACUGGAGGAGGUCAAGGCCAGAGCUGCUCAGAUGGAGAAGACCAUGCGAUGGUGGUCAGACUGCACGGCCAACUGGAGAGAAAAGUGGAGUAAAGUUCGAGCUGAAAGGAACAGCGCCAGGGAGGAAGGAAGACAACUCAGAAUAAAAUUAGAGAUGACCAUGAAGGAAUUGAGUGCCUUGAAAAAAAAGCAAAGUUUGUCACAUCAAAAAGAGGCCUUGGAAGCUAGAGUCACCCAGGACCGGAAGCUUCCUAGUUUCAUAGAAGUGUCCUAUGCACAGAGAGACCCCUUUCAAAUUGGUUCCAAAACGUGUGAGUCCAUCAGAGAGUGCUUGGGAAAGAGAGAAUAUCCUACCAAGGAGAGCAUAAAUAGUAAGGAAGAAGGUUUGAUUAUUGACCCAUUAAAAUUAAAUGAAGAGGUGAAACUCAAUCUAGAUUGUCCUGAUUUAUUCAAGAAUGGUGGUUCUGAAAACCGUACAGUGAGACCUGGAUUAAGACUGCAGGCAAUAAAUCUGCCUCUGGAGAAUGGAGUUCCUGAAAUUUCAGCUUUGCAGGUGAAUUUGGAUGAGUUCCAAAAAAUCUUAUGGAAAGAAAGAGAAAUGCGCUUAUCUUUGGAAAAAGAAAUAGAACGGCUGGAGUCAGCUUUGUCUGUGUGGAAAUGGAAGUAUGAAGAACUGAAAGAAUCAAAGGCAAAAAGUCUGAAAGAGUUUGACAUUCUUCAUGGUCAACAUAAAAAUAAAAUGGAAGAAAUAUCAGGAGAUAUAAAGGAAGGAUCGAAAUCUAAAAAUAGCAGUGACAGAGUGAUCUAUGAGUUAAGAGCAGAGCUAGAGAGAUUGCAGGCUGAAAAUACAUCUGAGUGGGACAAGAGGGAGAUACUUGAAACAGAAAAACUAGGACUGGAAAGAGAAAAUAGAAGGCUAAAGUUCCAAGUGAAAGACAUGGAAGAGCUCCUGGAUAGGAAAAAUAGAUUAAUUGCAAACUCUCAAGGUCCUGAUUUCAAGAAAUCACAAAUUGAACUACAGGAAAAAAACAAGGAACUGUUGGACCUUCAACAUGCCUACCAUAAACUAAGCAGGCAGCACCAGGCAAAGACGGCAGAAAUGACCCACGUCAACAACCUCAUGGAUCAAAAUGAGGCCGAAGUGAAGAAACUGAGAUUUCAAGUAGAAGAACUAAAAUGGGGACUCAACCAAAAGGAAAAUAAGCUUGAUGAUUUCCUGAAUCAGAUCCAUAAGCUCCAGAGAUCUUUGGAUGAACAGAAAGAAACAAAUGAAAACUUGGAACUUCAACUCAGGCACUUACAAAACUGUGAUUUCUAAAGACAAGAGAAAUGGCCUUGAUUUCAAGGAUACCCAGAAAUAGAAUUGCUGGAUUAUCAAGGAAACACAAAUCAGAACCACAAUGAGAUAUCAACAAAUACGUGUCAGAAUGCCUACCGUCAAAAAGACAAGAAAUAAUAAGUGUUGGCAAGGAUGUGGAGAAAAAGAAACCUAGUACACUGUUGCUGGGAAUGUAAAUUGGUGAAGCCCCCAUGGAAAACAGUAUGGAGUUUCCUCAAAAAAAUAAAAAAAGGAUUUUUUUUUUUUUUUUUUUGCUUUUUAAAACACAAACUUUUACAUACCGACACCCAGCCCUACAUUCCUUAUUCCAGGAUCACGUAAAAGUUUUUCCUCUUUAAAACAAAUUUAUCCCAUUUGCUCUGAUUUUCCCUAGCUUUUCUGGAGUCUAAAUUUGGCCAUGAAGCUUAUUUUCUCUCUUCAUAGAUUUUCUAAGUUUCUUUUUGUACUGGCUUCUUCAAUGCUGCCUAGAAAAUGUAUACUUAAGUCUUAGAAUUAUAAAACCCAAACUUUGCUAGACAGAUAUUGCCUUCUUCUACAAUUUCAUUUUUUUUUAUCUUCCUUUCUUGCAAAUCUCUUGGGCUAAAUAUUCUCUAGUUACUAAUUACUGUGUCCAAUUCCUCAAUUACCGUUUAUAUUAAUUUAAUAAAUGUUUCUGUAAGUCAUCCUAUGGGCUGAGCACUGCUUUAAGCAGCACUGUAUUUUUAAUACAGUAUUGUACUUCAAGCACAUUAUAUGUGUGUGUAACUCAAUCCAUCUGUUCUUAAAUACCAUGCAAACAUUUAUCUCUGAUUAUAAAAGUAUGAUUUGCUCAUUCCAGAAAAUCUUGGAAAACAGAAAAAAACAUGUAAACACAAAAGUUAUCCACAAUCUCAAACGUCAGAAAUACUGAUAACAUUUUGCUCGAUUUUGCAUAGUUUUGCAAUUGUCUGUGUGUAUGCAUAGGUUCAUUUUAUGUACUUAUAAUGUGUGUAUAUAUUUAGAUGAUCAUAAGAGCUAAAAAUUAUAUACUCUCUGUUAUGCAUUGUUCUAAGUAGAAUUCACCCAUCUAAUCUCAACAUCAACCAUAUAUUUAUUUUCACCAUUUCACAAAGGAGGAAAUUGAGGAAAAGGGAGGUUAAGUAAUUUGCUUAUUAACUGGCAAAACUGGGAUUCAUAUUCAGGCAGCAUGACUCUGGAGUCCAAACUCAUAUAUAUAUAAUGUCUAUUCUACACAACCUCUCUCUGGGGACACACACACACACACACACACACACACACACACACACACACAUACACACACACACUCUCUCACUCUCACUCUCUCUCUCUCUCUCUGUCUCAUACAUAUGCUAAAUAUAUACCUAUAUGUUAAUUACAUGAUUAUGUAUACAGUAUAACCACAAUUAUGAUGUCUAUGUGGAUUUGACCCUGCUUUUUAUUCAAAAUUAUGUUUUAAAUAUUUUGCUAUUUAAAAUUAUUAAAACACCAUUUUAAUGGA